AUGAUCGACAUCUUAGGCAUACCUCACAAGAUUCUCCGAAUCGACGAAUCUUCCCGGAGCCUACCCAUCUACGAGAAGGCUACGAUGGAAUCCGAAUCGACGAAUCUUCCCGGAGCCUACCCAUCUGCGAGAAGGCUACGAUGGAAUCCUCUGCCUCCCUCUCCGAAGCAUCACCUUGGUUCCGGAUCUGUUCGAUUAUUACGCGCCGGACACCCAGUUCGUUGUGCUCUUCUAGGAUUGUCUGCCGAAGGACGCCGACAUUCAACUCCCAGGAAGUAUUGGCCGACUUGA